AUGUCAAAUAUAGAUACAGAUAAAGACUGUACACAAUUUAAAGAUAUAGAUACAGAUAAAGACUGUACACAAUUUAAAGAUAUAGAUACAGAUAAAGACUGUACACAAUUUAAAGAUAUAGAUACAGAUAAAGACUGUACACAAUUUAAAGAUAUAGAUACAGAUAAAGACUGUACACAAUUUAAAGAUAUAGAUACAGAUAAAGACUGUACACAAUUUAAAGAUAUAGAUACAGAUAAAGACUGUACACAAUUUAAGGUUCAAUCUACAAAAUUUUAUUUUAGUGCUCUCAAUUUUUCUCAUUACAAAAAUACACAGGCAAAAUAG